GUUCGAAUGCCCCGCCACAACACCGCUGGUCAUUUCUCGCACCUUCGUAACAAACAUCGCACGAUUUGCAAACUCGGCAUCGUCACAAUCCACAACACUUCGGAUAUCGACAAGCGUAGAUAUCCAUCAAUCUAUCACGAUGUCGUCGAUAGAGGAUCGAGAAAUGAUGGAGAGAAUCGGCCGUUUGGCUGGUCAAAUCAAUCGGCACAGGAAUCAACAGGCCGGCGUCGGGCCCGCUCGCCAUGUUCGAACGCAUCAUAACGCUGGUUAUUCGACUGGGUGGCGCCGCGGCGGGUUCCCUCAUCGUGGCGGCCAUUCCAGCGUUCGGAUGCCCGUUUACCGCAACAGAAGCCUGGUUUUGAAUGGCGGGACCCAGCAGAACCAGUCGGGAGAUGCCGAAUCGGGAACUACAUCGGAUGCAUCCACCUCGUCGUGGGUGACGAAGAACGACCGCCACCUGCAACUGAUCAACACAAACGUCUACACCAAGGACGCGCAAGCGCGAGCCGCUGCCAUUGAGCAGACCCGUCGCCAGAAGCUUGCUCUCAGAGACAGGCAAGAGCGUGCUAAGCUGACAAAUCAUAUCAAUCGUAUGGUAAACAGCGGGGGGUUUGUGGGAGCUAACCAGCAGGCCACCGGCAACUACGAGAUCACCGUCCAGGGCGUCCGGUUCCACGUGGUCAAGAACGGCAGCAAGCUCGUCAAGGCUCCCGGCGAUAACAACUCGGCAAAGGCGACCCCCAAGAUGGCACUCGUGGGAGGUGUCAAGUUCUAUCGAAGCAAGAACGGCAACCUGUACCGCCACGGCAUUGUGAAGGCGCAGCGGUAUGUCCCCUGGAACCUCGGGGCCGGACAACUGACCCCAGGAUUUUCUGGCAGGCAAUCUGGCGCUGUCAAAAAGGUCAACGUGCCUUGCAAACAGUUUUCUAUGACGGGUAACUCCAUUUUUCUCGACCGACGCCCCAAGCAACACCACCCCGACCGGGCCUCGGUAAGUCACCGGAGGAUCGCUAACCGAGAGACAGGUGCCUGCACCCACGGCCCCCGCUGCCGCUACGUCCAUGACCCGCACAGGGUCGCGAUUUGCAAGGAUUUCUUGCAGCAGGGCGAAUGCCCGAGCGGCGACAACUGUGAUCUCUCACAUGACCUCAUUCCCGAGCGCACGCCGGCCUGCCUGCACUUUGCCCGCGAUAGUUGCACCAAGGCUGACUGCAAGUAUACCCACGUAAAAGUGUCACCAGCUGCUCCAGUGUGCAGGGAUUUCGGCUUCUACGGCUAUUGUCAGAAGGCCGCCAACUGCCCUGAUCGCCACGUCUUCGAGUGCCCCGACUUCAGCAACACGGGUGUUUGUAAGAUUAAGGGGUGUAAGCUGCCGCAUCGGGAGAGGGCAAGCGUCCUCCGGAAAGCGGCGGGCGGGCGGGAUCUGUCCAGCGCAGGAAACGGAGAUGAAGAGAUGGCAGAUCUUUCCAGCGAUGAUGACGGCGAGUCGAUCGACGAGGACGAUGUCGACUCGGAUGAGGUGGACGAGUUCAUUGGCCAAGACGAAAACGGUGGCCUUGAUUUCGCAGAGCAAAAGGACUUCAUCGAGCUAUGAUGCUGUUUUUUUGCCUGCGCCCCCGCCCUUAUCGUCCAUUCGCUGCAUUGUCUGGCGCACAUCAUUAUUAUGAUACCCAUUUGCGUCCGGUCCUCCCGGGAAAAGAAAAGAAGAAGAAAACCAAGAUGGUGGCAGAAAGAACGGCCCGUACCGGCGGGCUCAUGGUGUGUCGAGCAGUCCUGUGGAUUAUAGAUGAAACAUUAUACAUAGCCCCCUCCGUAUGAGGCUUGAAUACAAUAUAAUUCAUGAAA